AUGAUGGAAUCAACUGACAAGUUAGACAUCAAUCCUGGAAAUAUCAUGCUGACUGUGGACGAUGACAUUAUCCUGGAAAACUUCGAGAAAGCUGAAGUAGAGAACCCGUCACCGUUCAAAGUGAUUGACGAGACACGCACCAUUUACAGUUCCCGUGAGCUUCCUCAUCCUGCGGGUGGUCUUUGGGGCCAACCAGUCCUCUGUGACUUUGGAGAAGCGCGGAUAGGAGAUUCCCACUCCGGCUUAAUCCAGCCUGAGCUGUACCGUGCACCAGAGAUAAUUUUCGAGAUGGAGUGGGGCUCUAAGGUGGACAUUUGGAGUGUCGCCACGUUGGUGUGGGACUUGUUUGAAGAUGAGCAUCUAUUCGACGCCCAUGAUAACGAGGGCAACCCAUCAGAGACACAUCAUGUUUCCGAAAUGGUUGCAUACCUUGGAAUGCCUCCGCUCGAAUACACGCAAAGCAAUCAUAUGACAAAGAAGGUCUUCGACAAGCAAGGACACUGGACUGGUGGCUCCAAGGGUGUGACUAUCCCUAAGAUCUCACUCGAGGAACGAGUCUCGGUGCUUAAAGGGAAGGAAAAGGAAUUGUUUCUCGAUUUCAUACGCUCGAUGCUCAGAUGGCGGCCGGAAGACAGAAAAUCGGCGACUGAACUCCUGAAGCACCCAUGGAUGGCCGAUACUAUGUAG